AUGCAUAAGGGUGAUAAGGGCGCUUCGGGGGGACAAGAACCUUCAGGUUCAAAAUCUGGGUCCGUACUCCAAAAUGAUGGUACAAGUAAAGGGCCUGUGAGGCCAAUUGUUCUUCCAGACACAUUUACAGGGAAAGAAGAAGAGUUUAUUGAUUGGUUGGAGAGUUUUGAGGCUUGUGCAGCUGUCAACAAGUGGACAGAUGAGGAAAAGUGUCAGUUUGUGGCCAUCAAGCUUAAAGGUUCAGCUCGUAAAGUAUUCAACAAUAUAGAACCUAGGGCAAAAAGGGAAAGGGAGGAUGAGUUAAAAAGGCGUCUUGAUGGCACUCGCCGUCCUGAUUUGAUAGGGGGGGGAGGCUUUGAAAGUUUAGAUUGUGGAGGAUGUUCGUUACUGUGUUCUGGAUUAGUAGAACGGAUUACAACGGAUAUGCUGGUGGACACCGGAUUUGUCUAUACGCUUAUCAAUAAGAGGUUGUGGGAUGAAAUUUGUGCAACAGGCCGUAGCACACCUCUGGGUAAUCGUCUGGUCACUUUUUCUGAAUCUGUCAUUUCUGCUAAUGGCGAAAUUAUACAUAUUUUGGGGGAGGUGAGGUUAACGUUCCAACUGGGCUAUGCGGAUAUAGUCCAUCGUGUACUGGUAGCCCCUGACUUAGCGCAAUCCUGCAUUUUGGUUCUUGAUUUCUUGGGGAAAAGUAAAGCAGUAAUUGACAUCCAUUCACGGAAACUUAUGAUUGAUGGAAAAACGAUUCCAUUA